UAGAAAAGGAAGAGGGGGUGUUUUGGUGUUUUGUUAUUUGUAUUAAUAUUCAUCCUAAUGAACAUGUCUUUCUGUACAUAAUUAAUCUAAUUUUCUACUAGUUUAUUACCUUCUCAACAAUGCCAACCUACGAGCUAUCAUUUUUAGUCCGGGUAUUACCAAAGCAUGAAACAAAAAAUAUUUUGAAAAGGGCAGCAAACUACAUUUUUGAUCAUGGAGGAAUCAUUAGGAACAUUGAUAACCUAGGAACCAGACCAACGCCAUACAAAAUUAGCAAUCAUGGGGCUGUUCACAAGGAGGCCAGUUAUUUUGUUUACAAAUUUGAUUUCCCUCCUGCUAAAUUAACGAUACUAAAUGAUGUCCUCCACCGAGAUGUGGAUAUCAUUAAGAAAAGAAUAUUCAGAAAUGAGGCAAAGGAAGAGUUUGAAUGUACGUUGGAGGAUGAAAUCAAACCAGCGCCUUACAGGAAAGAGGUUCAACUGAUGAUUGAAGAAGGAAGAAAAAAGGCUAGUCAAAAGAAAACGUUUACCUAUGGUAACAACCUAAAGAUCAAUCCUUUCCAGCGAUAGUUUGUGCGAUAAGCAGGUAGUUUUGUAAUUAUAUUGUUAAGUAAAUUGAUUAAUUGUUAAUAA